GAUCGCUGCCUUGUGGUACCUAGACAUCUCUUAGAAGAACUGAGCGGCACCAAACAAAUCCACUCCCUUCAGAGACACAGACUGAGGCGACCGCAGACCCGAGCAUACAAAAGUGAUCACUGGGCGUCAACAUAUCAGCAGCUCGGAGCCAUAAAACAAAAGCAAAGUCCAGCCGGAACAACCGGAUCGACCGCUGGCAGUGAUCCCCCCGGGCGGCAGCUCCUCCACGGUUUACUUCCCGGUCUCUGCUGCGGCUGUGUGAGUCUGUGUGAGAGACCUGUGACCGGCGGAGACUGCAGAGAUGUCGGAUAACGGAGGAUCGGCUGUCGGCCUCUUGGCUUACGAGACGCUGGUUCACGCGGUGGCGGGAGCUGUGGGCAGCGUGACAGCGAUGAGCGUCUUCUUCCCACUGGACACGGCCAAGAGCAGACUGCAGGUGGACGAGAAGCGGAAGUCAAACUCCACCCCCAUCAUCCUGGCUGAGAUCGCAAAGGAAGAAGGCCUUCAGUCUCUGUACAGAGGCUGGUUCCCAGUCAUCUCCAGCCUCUGCUGCUCCAACUUUGUCUACUUCUACACCUUCAACACGCUGAAGAGGCUGGCGGUCUCUGGUCCAGGCAGGUCCGGACCCGGCAAAGAUCUGCUCAUGGGAGUUGUAGCAGGGGUGGUGAAUGUGGUCCUGACCACUCCCAUGUGGGUGGUCAACACUCGGCUGAAGCUGCAAGGGGCAAAGUUCCGUAACGAGGACCUCCAGCAGACCCAGUACAGCGGCAUUUUUGAUGCUUUCUCGCAGAUCAUAGCCAAUGAGGGAGUGGGAACUCUGUGGAACGGCACUCUGGCCUCUCUCAUCCUCGUCCUCAACCCGGCUGUGCAGUUCAUGUUUUAUGAGGCCUUGAAGAGGAAGGCGGGCAGGGGAGGGAAGAAGAUAUCCUCAGCAGAGAUCUUUGUGAUUGGGGCUAUUGCCAAGGCCAUUGCUACCACGGCAACAUAUCCUCUUCAAACAAUUCAAGCCAUCCUGAGGUUCGGUCAGUACAAAGGCGAUGGAAAGGGCGGUGUGACAGGAAGCCUCUCCAACAUUUUAUCCCUGUUCAUGGACAGAAUCAGGAGGAACGGUUUUCUUGGUUUGUACAAAGGCCUGGAGGCCAAGCUGCUCCAGACGGUACUGACGGCUGCCCUCAUGUUUGUGGUGUACGAGAAGAUCAUUUCAGCGACCUUCAGAGUCAUGGGUCUGAACAAGAAGCUGAAGCACUGAACAAACGCCCACUUCAGUGCAGCACGGCAUUAAUACACUUGUUGUAAGUGGGUUUUGUUUGUGCCAGAAGUUACAUCGAUUACAUAAGACAAGAGUUGGGAUUUGGUGCCUUUAGGGCUACAGACGCUUGCCCAAAACAACCACAGAGAGGUAACACUCAUGUUUUUAACCUGGUUCCAUCUGUGCAGACUGACCAUGAAUAUCAGCUCUGUUGAAUUUGGUUGGAUUUUAUGGUAAAUUUAAGGAAAUAAAUUAUGAUAAUGUAUUUGGCAAGUCUGCUAUGGUAACAAAUUUAACUAAGUGACUCUGGUCUUAAUAAAACAGACCAUCUAGAAACAACAUUAAUGUCGGCAUGAUUUAAUUUGGCUCUGUGAUGGAGAAACAACCUGUCCAGGGUAUUCCCCACGCCUCUCUUAACCCUUUAAGAAUUCAAGUUAAAGCUAAACGCCAAUGAUUUCCUUUGCACAUAAAGACCGAGAUUCACUUGCCUACAAUGAAAUUAUAUUUUACCAUCAGAUGAGAUCUAAGAACUAGUUGGGAAAAAUAUUGCAUUAUUUGUAAAGGAAAAGUUUGGCAUUUUGGGAGAGUUGCAUGAGAACUUACAUGUUUUGUGUGUCAAGUAAUUAACACACAAUAAAUAGCUCAUUAGGUUGACUCACUUGUUUAAUUGUAAUAAUCUAAAAACUCCAGAGACUCUAGGAAUCCACUGGUCUGGGCUGAGAAACUGUCUGUGACACAACUCUGGAAAACAGCGAUCUGACGUUUUUUAAACUUCAAGAUAUAAUCAGUGUGUUACUUUAUGAAUGAGCUGUAGAAGUGCUUGUUGUUGGACUUUGUUAGCUUUAGACACAGGCAGGCUCGGCUCAGUGACUUAGCAUAAACAGCAUUUCCCCCAAAAUGUCCAACUUUGUCUGGGUUUUUCCUGAAAUGACGAGACCAAUAAUUUACCUAAUGGUGCGUUGUCUGGAUUUCGUCCCCUGGAUCAUUCCUCGUACACUCCAACCAAUGUUUAACUGUGAAAUUAACUGCGUUUGGCGAUUUGCAAGAUGAAAACCUCGUGAAGCUCAGAAGACGCACAAGAUGUCGUUAUUACACACAAAUGAGCAGUAACAACAAAAAUGAUGAAAGAGAGAAAUUGGCAGAGCUCCGGUUGAUAUGUCUUUAGUUUUGUGUGUAAAAUCUGCUCUUACUAUUCCAGGCUAGAAAGGUUUUAGUUUUAAUAAUUAUAAUAAAUUAAUAUGAAUUUAAUAUUACUUGGAAUGAGUCCAUAAAGUAAACCGUAAAGGUUACAGAUGUAAUAAUACCACAGUAAGUGCCUGUUAAUUGUAUCAUAAAAAACUGUACUAUGAUCUGAACUAAGUACUGUGAUGACUGUUGAUGAUUUACAUUAACCAUGAUGCACUGUGUUAUCGAUGUAUGGUUUUUAAUGAUUGGUCAGUAUGAACGUUUUGAUUCCAUUAUUUCUGCACGUCCUCUAGGUAGGGAAGGCACUGGCAGUAAUUUACAGUAUACGUUCAUCACUGUGCUCGUUCUUCUUUUUUUUUUUAUUACAAGAGUUACUAUACUCAACACUGUUGUACAACUUCAUAUUUAGGAGAUUAACAGUCUUGCAUCUGUUCAUCAGGUGCAUUGAUGUGAGACAUUGUCAGUUUAAAAACUAACAAAUGAUUCAUUUACUGGAUUUGAGCUUCUCUGCCUGUUAGGUUUGCUCAGUUGUAAAAAGAAAAGUUGGUUUGGACUCAUGCAUCUACUGUCUGGAAAUGCCUCAGUGGAAAUCCACCACAAGAUGAAUGCGUUUCUAAUUCAUAAUAUCAGUCGAGCACAUACCUCACACUCCCCUCAUGAAACCACAAGUCACUAGAUCUGGAUUUUUAUUUGAUUCUGCACCAAAUUGCACACAUAAAUAUCAGUCCCCUGCACAUGUUUUUAUUUUCCAUUAAGAUACACGAAUAAUUUUCUGAGAAAUCAAGUAAAAUGUUGAAAGAUGUGUGUAAUUGGUGUGAAAAAACAGAAAACUGAAAGUUAUGUGAUUACGGGAGAAUGAAAUGAGCUUUAUUUAAAAGGUGAGAAAGGGCUCAAAUCUGGAGAAUGAGUCAUUGUUAGUUAAAAAAACCCCACAGAAUAGGCAGUGACUCAUUUGAACAUGUUCUGAUUUGUCUUAACAGUUUACAGAAAAAUAUUUGUAACUGCUGAUGCACUUUCAUUUAUUUUCAACACAUUUUUUAAAAACAUUUUCUAAUUUUGUUUAUUUCAACAUAACUGUUUUGGGAAUUUAAAAUUAUUGUCAUAACCAGGGAAUAAUAAAGUUUGUGAAACUGUUGACACUA